GUAACCAUGGCAACUGUUUGUAUUGACAUUCAACUGUCAAUUUUCUGUUUUUUUUUCUCUUACUUUUACUUAAUUUUAAUAUCAAAGAGUGUAAAAAAGAGUAAUUGAAACACAAUUCAUCAAUUAUAAAUAUUUGAAUAAAUUUUCUUGAUAAUGGCCACCGAAAAGGAUUUAAUUAACGUAUUGAUAAAAAAAAAAUUGUCUGCGACCGGCAUAUUUAACAUCUCUGUAAAAGAAAAACAUGUCAACGUCUCUUGUGUAUACAUGUAGGAAAUUCAAGCACGAACAAAUAUGAAUUUAUGGAUGGAUUGCAAGAUGCAAAACAAACAAAAUUUAAAAAUUCUAAGGAUGUUUAUGUUUCGCGUAACGGUGUCCCUGCUUCUACAAGUUUUCCUCUUUCUGAAAUUCAAAUCUGUAAAUGCAGUCAUCAAUGUCAUAAACUUACAUUUGAAGAUAAACAAAAUCUCUUUAAUUUGUUUAAUAAAAAAACAUUUGACGAACAAUCGCAAUAUAUUGUCAAUUGUAUGGAUUUAAUUGAGACAAAAAAAAAGAAAAUUGAUAAAACUAUUUCACAAAGACAGGCAAUUUUUCAUUAUAAUUUAAAAAUUGGAUUAAAAAUUAUAUCAGUUUGUCAAAGAACACUUUGCAAUGUUUUUGGUAUAACACAAAGACGAAUACAAAUUCUUCAAAAUAAAAUAAAAUCUGAAAAUAAAAAAUUAUUUGUUUCAAUUAAAGAAGAAAUUAAUGAUAAUAAUUUAUUUGAAAAUUAUAAUGAUGAAAUUUAUCAACAAAUGAAAGAAAAUAUUAAUUCAUCCAAUGAUUCUGAUCAACAAUCAAUAAAUAAAAAAAUACAUCAAUUAUUUAGUGAAAAAUAUCCUGAAAUAGAAAUAUCACGUCAAAUUUGUAACAAUGAUAUAAUAACUGAGAAUUAUUGGGAUAAUUUUAAUGAAAAUGAAUUUUUUGAAGAUAUUGAUGAACCAAUAAAUGAUCGUUUAUUAAUUGAUGAGAAUAAUUUUUGCGUUGUGAAAUUUGAGGAGGAAUCUGUACGAGAUUCUUUGGAAGCCGAUGGACAACUUGGACGAAUUAAAGCGGAAAUGAGAACAGAAGUGAUGAAACUUUUGGAUGGUUCUAGUAAAUCUAGUAGAGUAAAGAGGCCAAAAUCUCCACACGAUGUGCUUUUUUUAAACGAAUUAAUUAGAGAAUAUUUCGAUUGGAUUGGCUACAAGUACACCUCAAAUGUUUUUGUUACUGAAUGUGAAUUAGGAAAACAACCUUUGGAUCGUGCUUUUCUCACACAAGAUUUGGGAGUGAAAGAAACCGAAAAAAGCAAAAGUCUACCAUUGUUAUUUUGUGUAAUUGAAGCAUUUAAAGAAUUAAAAGCAUCGUCAAUGAGUUCCUGUUAAAAAAAGAAAAAGAAAACUUUAAUAUCGUUAAUAAUUGUUCCGAGAGUGCAAUUAAAAAUUUGAUCUCGUAUUUUUAAUAUUUAAUUUUUUUUUCUUGAAUAUUCUAAAUUAAAUUGUGAUUAAUAAUAGUGAAUAAGAUUAAAUAAAGAAAAACUAUAAAAA